UGUACCGACCGGUAAAUGCAGCUCUUCUUUAUUCGUCAUCUGUCGCCCUCUAGUGUGAAGACAUUUGACGACACUAACAUGUCACCUAUCCGGAUCCGCGACGGGGGAGGAGGCGGAUGCUUCGCGCAGAAACUCGAAGACACCAAGAUGCCAAGCAACGCAGAGUGGUCGUUGCGCCUUUUCUUGUUUCUCGCAGCGGCUUUAAGUCCUGGCAAAACGGCCGAGGUGUCCGUGUGGAACGUGGACGUCAACUCGACACAGCAUGCCGUCUUCCGGAAGACGCUGUACGCCAACACCACUGUCUUCAUGAAAUUCCAGGGUGACAUCAGCGCAUGUGAUCAAAACCUGGCCUUCAACAUCAGCUGGUACUUGCGUUCUUCCCUGUGCUAUAACGAGAUCUUCAACACGCCCGACAGCAAGGCCAUCAAUAUGUUCGCCAUGGAGCACAUGCUCAAGGAGGACUGGAGCGGCUUCUACAGUCAGGGCUACGUCUACUUUGAGAACUGCUCGGCUCUCUUCUUGCCCAAGGUGUACUAUGCAGAUUUUAAUCCAUAUCAACCACUGUCCAGCCCAAAGAGCGACGCAUCCAAUCAGAGCUUUGUUUGGCCCGACAAGCCGGACUUGGGCGCCGUUGCCAAGGCGUGGGGGGACAGCCCGUACUUGUUCAUCGUCAAGGUGCAGCCGCUCUUACGCGGCGUUGAGGAGGAGGACUUUGCGGCCGAGCAGCUCAACUUUGCUUUCACCAUGAAAGUGGAGAUGAAGGGACCACAUGACUACUCCUCACCAGCCGACUGGCCCCAGAUGAUGUUCUUCAUGGUCAUGUGCAUCGUCUACGUGCUCUUCGGCGCCCUCUGGCUCUUUUGGUGCGCUUGCUACUGGCGAGACCUGCUCAGGGUCCAGUUCUGGAUCGGAGGAGUCAUUAUCCUGGGCAUGCUGGAGAAGGCCGUCUUCUACUCCGAGUACCAGAACAUCCGCUACCGAGGAGACUAUGUUGAGGGUGCCGUGAUAUUUGCCGAGCUGCUGUCUGCGCUGAAGCGAUCUCUGGCUCGCAUCCUGGUGCUCAUCGUCAGCCUGGGUUACGGUAUCGUCAAGCCCAGGUUGGGUACCACGGUGCACCGGCUGGCCGCUGUUGGGUUGCUUUACCUGCUUUUCUCAUCUGUGGAAGGUGUGCUCAGGGUGACAGGCGGUUUCUACGGCACGGUGGCUCUGGUUGCCAACCUCAGUCUCUCCCUCAUUGACUCCUGUGUCAUGUGGUGGAUCUUCAUCAGCCUGUCGCAAACCACUCGUCUGCUGAAGCUGCGCCGGAAUGUGGUCAAGCUCUCUUUGUACCAGCACUUUACCAAUACGCUCAUCUUCUCGAUGCUGGCCUCCAUCAUUUUCAUUAUCUGGACCACAAAAGUCUUCAAGUUGGUGGACUGUCAGAAGAGUUGGAGGGAUUUAUGGGUGGACGACGCCUUUUGGCGUCUGCUCUUCUCCACUAUCCUGCUCGUCAUCAUGGUGCUGCUGCGGCCCUCCGCCAACAACCAGAGGUUCUCCCACUCGCCUCUGAUCGACGAUGAGGAUGAAGACGAGGAGGACGUCAAAGAGCCCAUGUUGAACGAAGCCUUUGAGGGGAUGAAAAUGAGAGGAUCUAAACCAGAUGCCAACGGCUCUCAGAAGCUCUUGAGUAAAGAGGAUGAAGACCUGAAAUGGGUUGAGGAGAACAUCCCAACAACGGUUGCUGAUGUAGCUCUCCCCGCAAUGCUGGAUGAGGAGGAGGAAAUUCUGAAAACCAAGAUGGAGCGAUCCAAAAUGGAGUGACUACCGGAGGACAUGGGUAACUCCAAAGUGACCCAGAGCGGCCUGGGGGCAGGGGAGAGCCAUCUGGAAUGUGUCGGUGCGUACGUGACUUGGCUCCACAGUCGUCACCCACGUUCCAACCAUCCCCUACCCGCAAAAAAAUAAAUAGAUAAGGUGGAGGGGAAAACACAUAAGAUUCGAUGACUGUAUAUCCAGUGCAAAUGAGCCAAUGAUGUUUCCCGCCAUUUUAUAAAUAUUUGAUACGGGCUAACUGAAGGAAGCAAUGUUUAAAUAAGUAAAUAUAGCGAGACCUGCACUAUAGUACACACAAGUAAUCGGCUACUGUCUUUGCAUACUUGAAGCAUAUCAAUGAAAUCAGAGGGCGAUCUAUCCACCGAUGCUCCCUCGAGAGAAUGUCAGCCGUUUAUUUGAUAUCCUGCCAAUGUCCGUGUACUAGUAUGCUCUUUCGUCCCCAGAAAUAAUAACGCGACGACUAGUACCAGUGAAACGCUGCAGGUUAAUUCGUAGAACUGUUUGGCGUCACUACUAGUACUGGUAGCAUGCAGUUUUUGACUAGUGCACAAAUUUGCGUACUCGUAUGUGGACCUGAAAAUGGAUGUCAACGAUAUCAAAUGAGUGGCUAUCAUGGAUUUUCAUGACAUAGUGAAACUCCACUCACACUCUCACAAAAAAAAAGGAAAAUAUGUUUCACGUCUUCUGUCUUUUUAAAGGAUCUAAAGGUACUCAAAUCCAGAUGUACUGCAUACAAUGUUACUUUUUAAUUUCGCACCUCACCAUUAUUCUAAAGUAUGACAUUGAGGUUUUGAAUUAAUUAAUGAAUGGUAUUUAUUUUGGUUGGAUAAAUAGUGCAGAAAAAAAAUCAUUUUAAAACCUCAAUUACCCCCCCCCCCCAAAAAAAAAGAAUCGCUGAAGCACCAAGCUUAUUCUUACCUAUACUCUACUGUACCAUGAAUCACCUAGAAUUUCAGUAGAGAAAAAUAAGUAAGAAUCAUCAUUUUCUGUUCUGUGUCUGACCCAAUCACAUCACUGUGCAAUCUACUGACGUGUCUAUGUGUGUGUAUCACAAAUGACUUAAUUUAUGCUUACUCGUCCUUGUUCAAAUCAUCUAUUUUUGUCUAAAAUCUUGUAACUUUCUGGAUUGCGCUCUAUGUAAUGUCAAGCAGUAAAUGUCCAGCUAAUAAAAUUUUUAUUGAAAGACCUGUGAA